AUGUCUCAUCAGCUAUUGAACGCGACGUCGAAGGACGAAGACGAGAUACCACCACCGGAGCGCCCGCCCUCGCCUCCACCGCACACCACCUUCGCUGCUCGAGGCCUCCAUGCCCCCACGUUUUCGGCCUUCCGGCCGCGAGACAUUCGCCUUUCCCACCAACAGGCGAUGAACCAUAUCGCUUGGAGCUGUGAUGGGAGAAAGUUAGGAGCGGUGGGUGUCGACAAGACUGCGAGAGUAUGGGCAAUGGAAAGGGCUGUCGAGAUGCGUUCCGCGACUACUUUCCCUGGGGGCCACAGUGAAGACAUCGAUUACAUUGCGUGGAACCCCACUCAUCCUGAGCUCUUCUGCACAUCAAGUCAGAAGGACAGGCGGAUAGUGUUCUGGGACGGUAGACAAAGUCGUCAUGUGCAGCAGAUACAGCUCAAGCCUUCACCUGUUCAGCUGAGCUAUUCACCAGACGGGAAGACAAUUCUCUACACUACCACCAACAGAUAUCUUGGCGUGUUGACGUUCGGGAAGGAGGGAGACGAAGCCAAAGAACAGUGGCGAGUAGCGGACACGAACGGAAAAACGAUAUACGGGUCCACAACCACCUUCAAUCAUGCCGGAGAUGGUCUAAUCUUGACGACGCAGUCGGAUCCUGCCAUCAGAGCCCUCGAUUACCCUGGCUUGAAUUUGCUGCAUAGUAUUCCUGGGCACGUCGGCGGAUGCGUGACUACCGCACUUGAUCCCAGGGGAAGAUAUCUCGCAUCCGGAGGGAAUGAUUCCAUAGUCAACCUGUUCGAUAUGUCAGACUGGAUCUGCGCCCGCACGAUCACCGUCUGCGAUAACGCCAUCAAUGCCCUAAGCUUCUCCCACGACGGGGAAUUCAUAGCCAUCGCAAAUGCCGGUAACUACAUUGACAUUUGUGCUACGGAAACAGGUAUGCCAUUGCAUCGUGUUCCCGCUCUCGGGCCCGCACCGUCGGUGGCUUGGCAUCCUUCAAAGCAUGUUAUCGCGUACUGCGGGCAAACAAAAAUCAGGGAAGGUGGUCCUCCGCCAUCAGCUUGGAUUAGUCUAUUUGGACCGGGAAUGUAGAGUUGCACCCUGAGCUUAACCCAAACUCACCGUACAUAGGAUGAUAAUCACGGUCCUGACUUGUGCAAGGGGGUCGACAACACUGCGAUGUGGUAACGUAGAUCGAUUGACAACAAUGCAUAUGGACACGACAGCG